AGUUGAAAUCCACCGUGUUCAUCACUUCCGGGUCCUGGCAUCGCGUGGCAAGGGAUGUAAACAAGAUCAGAUUCGGCAUUCUUCUGUUUAAACUUGUGGAAGACUGACAUGGCUAUCGAUGCAAAAAUAUGUUGCAUCACUGUGGCAGCAAUCUUACUGCGAUGGACAGUGUCUCUCAAUUCAUAUUCAGGUCACAAGACUCCACCAAUGUAUGGGGACUAUGAAGCCCAGAGGCACUGGCAGGAGAUAACACUGAAUUUACCGCCAGGAGAAUGGUACAAGAACACUACACAAAACGACUUGCUGUAUUGGGGUCUGGAUUAUCCCCCCUUGACUGCCUACCAUAGCUAUGUGUGUGGAUACGUUGCCAGACUCAUCAACCCUGACUGGGUGGCCCUCAACACAUCACGGGGGUACGAGAGCUACCAACACAAGCUUUUCAUGCGAUAUUCAGUGCUGGCUGCGGAUCUCGUGGUGUUCGUCCCGGCAGUGUUGUACUAUGUGAUGUCACAGUGGAGGCUGGGGGCCAAGGAGAAGAUCUUCGGAGCGAUGGCCCUGCUGCUGAGUCCCGGGCUCAUCCUCAUCGACUAUGGACACUUUCAAUACAAUGGUGUGAGCCUUGGUCUGGCACUGUUGGCAAUGACCUUCCUAGACAAAGGUCAUGACCUCUUUGGGUCUGUUGCAUUCAUGUUGGCCUUGAACUACAAGCAGAUGGAGUUGUAUCACGCCAUGCCGUUCUUCUGCUACCUGUUGGGAUCCUGUUUCCAGGUGUCCUUACCCAAGGGCUUCCUGAAGUUGAUGAUGCUGGGCCUUGUGGUCAUCAUCACCAUGGUGACGUGUUGGCUGCCGUUCCUCUCUGACCUUGACAGUGCUCUUGCUGUUCUUCGUAGACUAUUCCCUUUCAACAGAGGAUUGUACGAGGACAAGGUGGCCAACGUCUGGUGCAGCCUGUCUGUGGUAAUGAAGCUGAAACAACUGAUAGUUCAGGAAAAACUGGUUCUGAUGUGCCUCGGUUCCACACUGGUCAUGCUGUUGCCAUCGUCGUUGCAUGUGCUGACCAAACCAACCAUCGAGAACUUCAAACUAGCACUUGUUAAUUCAUCCUUAGUGUUUUUCCUCUUCUCCUUUCAAGUCCAUGAAAAGUCCAUACUCCUGGCUGCAGUGCCUAUAGCUGCCCUGGCUCCAAGCUUCCCCCUACCCAGUGUGUGGUUCAUGGUCAUCUCAACAUUCAGUAUGCUACCACUGUUGGUGAAGGAUGGUCUGCUGUUGGAGUCAGUCGGACUGACUGUCUUGUACAUGAUAGUGAUGAUGUACAGUCAACAAGCCUACACAGACAAGCAGGCUGAGGGAGCAGGGAAAACACUGGUGAAAAUACUUUUUACUUUGUCGUGCCUGGGUGCAGGUGCACUCACUGUGGCAAGUCAAGUGGUCAAGGCACCAGUGAGACUGCCAGACCUAUUCCCCGUCCUCAUUUCCAUCUACUCCUGUAUGCAUUUCAUCCUGUUCCUGUUGUACUUCACAUACUACCAGCUCUUCCAGACUGGCUACAAGAAAUAUAUCUCUGUGCAGACGUCAAAGAAGAUUUCUAAGAAGACCAAUUAAUAAAGUUGUUGCAGUGUCUCA